AUGCUUCGACGUCAAGUUUACAAAUUUCCCGGACGCAUACAAGCGAUUCCGAUGGCUCCUCCAGACAAAAUAUUGGGCCUUACAGAGCAGUUUAAUGUCGACAAAAAUCCAAAAAAAACAAACCUUACCGUGGGUAUUUACAAGGACAACUGGGGCCAGGUAACGACCUUCCCAAGUGUGGCAAGGGCGCAAACAAUUCUGGACCAGAGUUUUGAAAUGAACACAGACUUAUCAUAUCUGCCCAUCAAAGGCUGUCCCGAUUUCCGAGAAAAUGUUCUCAAGUUUUUAUACCGAGACAGUUGUCCCGAGGGCGUGGAAUUGCUGGAUCAGGAUCGAAUCAGUUUUGUGCAAACGCUCUCGGGAACGGGCGCUUUGGCCGUGGCAUCCAAGUUCCUGUCACUUUUCAUUUCUCGCACAGUAUGGUUUCCUGAUCCAUCUUGGCCUAACCACGCAAACGUUUUUCAAAAUAACGGCUUCAAAAAUAUCAACUAUUACACUUAUUACAAGGAAGGUAAACUAGACGUCGACGGGUGGAUUCAGGACCUGGAAAAAGAAGCCAGAGAAACCACUGAUGAGUAUCCCCCAUGCAUUGUGCUGCACGCUUGUUGCCACAACCCUACCGGUCUAGAUCCAACUCUCGAGCAGUGGAGACGCAUUCUCGACAAAAUACAAGAACUCAAAAUGAUCCCGAUAAUAGACAUGGCGUACCAAGGUCUAGACACUGGCGAUCUCAUCAAAGACACAUAUCUGCUGCGUUUGAGUCUGGACAAAAAUCGAUAUCAGUGGCCUAACGGACUGUUUUUAUGUCAGUCUUUUGCGAAAAACAUGGGUCUUUACGGAGAACGUGUUGGCUCUCUCUCAGUUGUAACGCCCUCCGGUGGAGAUGUUAAGCACAACGUAGAUUCCCAGCUGAAAAAAAUCGUACGCGGCAUGUACUCCUCGCCACCAGGUUAUGGCUCCCGGGUAGCCAACAUCGUGCUUUCUACCCCACAUUUGAAAGAUCUGUGGUUUGAAGAUGUGAAAAACGUCGCACAAAGAUUACAAUCGGUCAAAGCAAAGAUGGCAGAACGGCUAGAUUGGGAGUCGCUUAAAGAUCCAUCACGUCAGCAUGGAAUGUUCCUUUACACUGGGCUAAAUACGUCUAGUGUCGAUAUCUUGAGGGAACGUUUCUCGAUCUACUUAGUGCAAGACGGCCGUCUUUCGUUGAGCGGUCUGAACGACUCCAAUAUAGACUACGUUUGCGACGCUUUGCGUAAGGUUUAG